AUGAUUUCUUCCGUAGGCCGUCUCCAGCGGUAUGUACUUAGUCCACGGCGAACACCAUCUUCGAACCAACUAACCCGCUCUACGGAUUUCUGGUCGGUCAAAUUCUACCCAUACACCGAACCAGGUGUGGAUCCCGUCUUUGCAGCUGUUGGUGGGAAGCAUAUUCUGGUUUGCAGGCUUCCUUCAACAGCAAAAGAAGGCACAUCGAUCGAGGUUAUACAAAGUGUCCUAGAUGAAGAACCAGACUCGGACCAUUUUGCUUGCGUAUGGACCAAGGAUUUAUCGACCGGCACACCCCUUCUGUGUGUGGCAGGCGACAAUGCCAAAAUCCUCAUUAUAAAUGCUCUGACAGGGCAAUUGCACAGGACACUUGCGGGUCAUGGAGGGGCUAUCAAUGAUUUGGCGAUUUCACCCAUUAAUCCUCAGAUCCUGGCUUCUGCUUCAGAUGACUUGACAGUGAGAAUAUGGAGUCUCGACCCAGCUCAUGAGAAGGAGCCAUGUGCGGCGAUUCUGGCUGGCGACGGCCACCGAGAAAAGGUUUUGACUAUUUCUUUCCACGUCUCUGGCAGAUAUCUACUGUCUGGGGGUGUGGAUCACAUCAUAAACCUCUGGGUACUGCCAGAGUUUCCUGACAGUAACACUGGUACGAACAAAGCGACUCGAAUCCAUUAUCCUCACUUCUCGACCUCUGAAGUACAUUCCGGAAUCGUAGACUGCGUCGCAUUCCACAACGAUCUAAUCCUCUCCAAAUGCCACGACGAGGAAUGUAUAGUACUAUGGGCGAUAUCAGGAUUCUCCUCCGCAAACCCACCGCCCAGCCCCCUAUCCGCGCCCACAACACACGACUCGGCGCGCGACACCCGCUCCGCCUUCACCUCCCCGACCUCGAACCCCAACACUCUCCAAUAUACGCGGCUUCUGCAGUUCGCCGUACCCGACAGCAACAUCAUGUUCAUGCGCUUCGGUUUGUACCCCGGGUCAGCCACGUCCAACCCCGUCCUCGCCAUGUGCAAUACCGCCUCCAAGGUCUUCUUCUGGGACCUGGCCCGCCUAGAAGAAUACCAUGAUUUCCUGACCAACCUGACCGCCGCCGGCACCAAUCCCACAGAUGCGAACACUCCCCCGCGGCCAUCCUUCCUCGUCCCCUUCCGCCACCGAAACCGCGGCCCAUCGGCACUGUCCCGCGUCCGGGACACUUCACCUACAGACUCGACAUCCACCGAUUCCCACUCCCACUCUCACACCAACACGGACACUAACAAUCCUCCCCACAGCCUCGAGACGUGGGCGAAGCGCUACGCGAUCGGUGACCCGUUCGAGGAUCUCGCGGCGCAUAAGGAGGAGGUGGUCAAGGGGCUGGGGUUUGUGGGGCGGCAGAUCGCGUGGAGUCGGGGCGGGGAGUGGUGUGUGGUUGUGGGGAGCGCGGGAGUGAUUGGGGUCUUUGAGCGGUGGCGGAAAUAAUAAUAGUUGAACUAAUGGAAAAAGGGAGAUAGAUGGGUGUUGAGUAAGUUGCUGUUGUUGAAUAAAAGGCUGGCAUACAAAAUAAAAGCGUCAUGGUAUAGAUUCCCGAA